AAAUUCAGAAAUGUACAAUAAUGCGGUAAUAAAUUUAAAAAGUUCUAUUGCUAAAUACUGUAUACGGUUGAUAUUAUGACUGAGCGCCGUGUCGUUAUCAAACAACAUCACUAUCGGUUACAAAUCUCACCAUAAGCGGAUUGGUUUAACCCUAUUCAUUAACGGCACCCGAGCCUGGCGCCUCUCAGCACCCCCUCCCCCGCGGACCAACAGAAACGCUUUAUCAUGAAAGCGAUUUAAUUAGCUAUAUUUUAUUAUUUGUUAUCAGUCUAAGCAUCAGUACUGGAAUGCGAAAAGUAAAUCAGGCCCGAGUCUCUUUGCGUGUACAAUAACCAUUAUCGUAUAAUUAGGUCCAGGGCAUCCAGUCAUGUUUCUUGUGCGUCAGCUGCUGCAGAUCUCUGUGCUGCUGGAUGCGACGUUGUGGCUGGCGAUUUCUGCCAGCCCUACCGAUGAUAAUGUACUGCGGGGCGGCCAUGGAGAACACGGAGAGCCGGGGCAUGAAGAACCCCAUAAGGAUUCUUACAGCACAUUCGCCUCCGAGUUCCUCGAAUCCAGAUACCUCUCAGACGAAGGUUACCCCUUCCCAACUGCACCCCCUGUAGACCCAUUUGCCCGCAUCAAAGUUAGCGACUGUGGAAUAACCAAAGGAUGCAUCAGAUAUGGCAAACCAGGCUGUGACGCAGAGACCUGUGACUACUUCCUGAGUUUCAGGCGCAUUGGCACAGAUGUGGAAUUUGAGAUGAGUGCAGACACCGAUGGAUGGGUUGCUGUCGGUUUCUCCUCUGACAAAAAAAUGGGAGGUGAUGAUGUCAUGGGCUGUGUUCAUGAUGAUAAUGGACGUGUACGGAUCCAUCAUUUCUACAACGUGGGCCAGUGGGCCAAAGAGAUCAAGCGCAACCCGGCGCGGGACGAGGAGGGCAUCUUUGAAAACAACCGUGUCACGUGUCGCUUCAAACGGCCUCUUCACGUGACUCGGGAAGAGACGCUGGUAGACCUGCACCUGAGCUGGUACUAUCUGUUUGCUUGGGGACCUGCCAUACAAGGUUCCAUCACAAGGCAUGACAUUGACUCUCCACCGGUGUCAGAUCGCAUGAUUAGCAUCUAUAAAUACGAGGACAUUUUCAUGCCUGCCACAGCCUAUCAGACAUUCUCUUCUCCCUUUUGCCUCCUCCUCAUCGUUGCUCUUACCUUCUACCUACUGAUGGGCACACCAUAACCAGCAAAUCCGUGUCACUGAGAGAAGAGAGAAUGAAUACAACUAACCAUGGAGCCACUAUUAGCACGAUUGUGUGCCAACUUUACAGUAUUAGAAACAGGCAGCAAUAAAUUGCGAUUCUACAAUAUCCUCAAUCUACGUACACUAAGAAGGUAUUUGGACUGUGAAUUAAUAUUCAGUUAUAUACAAGCAAUGAUUCUCAUUCAGAGGAGAUAGUCAACCAUACACUUAUUACAUAUUACAAUAUAUUUUAUUUUGAUAAAAGAGUAGAGUACCCCAAAUGGUAUGUUACGGUAGGUAUUUGAAACAAUCUGAGCCAAAUUAAUAUUAAUAUUCAGUAUACUUAAAGUGCGGUCACAUUAGUUAAAUUUCAGCAAAAUUUUGUGUGCAAAAAAUUCCAUUGUACAUCACUGUCAAACCAAGCAGCUUUCUAUUAGUCAAAGCUGUAAAUCCAUGAAAAACUUGCGAAAUCGGUCUGAGGAAAUAUUUCGCCUUUAUGUAAAAUUCUCAAACACGUGAAUUCCUAUUGAAAUUACUGGAUUUCACCCACAAAAAUUUGCUCAACAAUGGUAAAUGUGACUGCAUCUCUACAGUGGCAUAUAUUAUGUCCCACUAAAGAACUCUACGGGGAAGUGAAUUGCCUUGUUCUAUUGAAUGGAAUAUGUUUUGCCAAAUCUCAGUAGAGGUGCUCUGCUGUUUGUAGUUGUCUGCUUUCCAAUGUUUUCCAAUAUAUUACAGCUCUGAUUACCAUUUAUUAAGGCUGUGGAUUUCAGAGUGAUGUAAAUUAAUGCCUGUGAUUGACUACGCAACUUACAGCAGUACAUAACAGGCCCUACAGCACAAACACACAUACAUAGUAUUCAAAAAACAUUACUGCCUUCCAGUUAGCCAGCAUUGCCAGCUCAGUAUUUGAUGAUGCAUGCCAGCAAACUAGUCUCAUCUGAGCCAUUUAGAUCAGUGUCCCCUGGAAAAGAACCAGUCCAGGAGAGAAUCAUCUGAUUUUCAUUCCAGUGAAUUAAAAACUUUCUAUACCAAGGACUUCAUGCCAUUGCAAAACUUACAAAGAGUCCAAUAACUGAUUGCUGCCUGUGUAGAAAGAUUUUUAU